GUGCCAGUUGCCGGCUGCAGGCCCGCCAUUGGCUGAGCUGGCCCAUGAUGUCACAAAGGCCCCGCAGCCUGCGCUUCCGAGAUGUCCUCUGGGGGGAUUCCUUGGUGCCCAGGAGAGGCCGGCCCCCUGCCAGGCGCUGGAGAGGUUCUGCAUUCAUCCAAGGGGUGCUCUUUCUGCAGAGCCCCCAGAGGUGACGGUGACCAGAAGGGCAGGCCAGGACGACACGGAGACCCUCACCUGCCGGGCCUACGGCUUCUACCCCCAAGAGAUCGACAUGGUGUGGACCAGGGAUGGGGAGGUCCGGCAGCAGGACGCCUCCCGUGAGGUCCUGGCCCCGAACUCAGAUGGGACUUUCUACGCCUGGCUCAGCGUCAAAAUCAACCCCUGGGACAGGGUGCGCUUCCUGUGUCGCGUGGAGCAUGACGCCUUGCAGACGCCGGUGGAACUAGCCUGGGAGGAGCCUGCGUCCAUCCUUGACCACCUUAUUUGGCCCACCACGGGGGUCCUCGUGCUGCUCCCGGGAAUUGUGCUUGCUGUGUUAUCCCUCAAGGCGCUUCGAGGUGCCUACGGACCAGCAUCGGAGAUACUUCAAGGCAGCUACAGAGCCACAGAACAGCGUCUUCAAGAGGGUUAUGAAGAAGCAAGAGGGAGACUCCAAAGGAGUUACAAAGAAGCCAAAGGUGCGUGUCGUCUCCCUCCUUGUGUCCUUCUGCAAACACGGGGCAUGCGUCCCCUGCGUGGGGAUGGAGGUCGUGGGAGGGGCAGGAGGGGGGUGCAG